AUGAAGAUUUUAAGUUUUAUUUAUCUUUUCAUUUUUUCGUCCAUUUGCUAUUUAUCGGAAAGUUCAGAAAAUAACGCAUACUCUUUUGAGUUAUUAAAUCAGUCCAACUGGUUAACCAUUGCACAAAGAAUUUUUCAGGGUACAACUCCACAAAGCUUCACAGUAAUACCUUAUAAUUUUAUAAAUGAUCCAAAUAGGAAUUUCAGUAAUAAUAACGCUGUGUUAUUAAUUAGAAAAAGGUUAAAAAUUUCUUCCAAUAUAAGCACAAAUAAAGAUAAUAGUACACAUUCAAAAUUCAGUGUACCAACCGUAGUUAAUAAGGCUGAUAAUAAAUCCGCAACUCAUUCACCAGAUUGUUCUCCAUUUUCUGGAAACGCCGCAUGUUGUAAUAAAUACUCAAAACAAGAACCACGAAUAAAUCCUGUAUUUCCUUUGGAUGGUAAUUAUCCUAGAUUUAUGCGAGAUUCAUUACCUAUCCCAAUACCAAGUUUUCCUAUGAUCUCACGUAUUAAUAAUCCAUAUCAUAAUUAUUACAAUCAACAUAAUAUUUCUACAUUAAGACAGACAGAAAAAUCUAAUUUAGAUAAUAAUAAAAGUAUGCAUAAUCCAAAUAAUAGAAGCAAUAACCAAGGAGAAAGUAAUAAUUCAGGAUGGAAAGGAUAUAUCCCGAAUGAUUACCUUCCAGUUAACAUUGCAAGUACCAUAAUGGAUAAUUCUCAAGAGGAUGAUUCUCAUAAUUUAAAAGAAGAAGAAGAACCAUGCGAUAUUGCUCUCAAGUUAGGAAAUAUUAUACACAAAGCGAAUGAAGAAACACUAAAACUAGAAAUAAAUGUAGGUCAGUUAUUAUGUAUAGAUUUAGAAUCUAUUUCUGGUAAUGGAUUUGUAUGGUCGUUGUUAGGUGUUUAUAGAGAGAGACCUAAGAUUGAACCUGAAAAAUUUCCAACAAAAAGAGUUACAGAAUCAUACUUCUCCAACGACAUUUCGGUAACUCAUCCAAUAGCAGAAAUAGAAAUGGUGGGUAAUAAUUAUAAAUCAAAACAAGGUGGAUUAUUAGUUGAUUAUGAAACCUUUAAAAAGAAUAUAAAUAAAAAAUUAAAUGAAGAAAACGAAAAAAGCGAAGAAAAGGAAAAAAGUAAAGAAGAACUUGCAGAAGAAAAUGCAGAGAAAUAUUUAGAAAGUAGUGUUGAAGGAAAUAAAAAUAAUAAUGAGAAAAUAAAUGAAGAAAACAUACAUACAAGAUUUAGCAAUGCUAGAGGAAACCUUAGAGUUAAUGGAAAAGAAGACAAUAAACCAGAUGAGAGCAAUAAGAAUAAAGAAGAUGAUAAAAAUAAAGAAGAUGAUAAGAAUAAAGAAGAUGAUAAGAAUAAAGAAGAUGAUAAAAAUAAAGAAGAUGAUAAGAAUAAAGAAGAUAAUAAAAAUAAAGAGGAUGAUAAAAAUAAAGAGGAUGAUAAAAAUAAAAAGGAUGAUAAAAAUAAAGAAAGUAAACUAAAGCCAUAUACUGGAGAAGGAGACUUGGUAGGACAGGCUACUAUCUUAAAAAGUAAAAUAAAACCUAACAAACCAGGGGAAUAUUUUAUUGUUUAUGCAUAUUAUAGGCCAUUUGAAACAACUUUAGAACCAAACGUAAGGAUUGUUCAUUUAAUAGUAUCUUAA